AUGGGGGCCUCUUCUGGCGACCAAGGAGAAGCUUUUCCUACAAAGGAUCAGAGUUUGUCGUUUAUUUUAUGUGCUGACUUAGCUGGAUGUGCUAGCAGUUUUGAAUACCUCAGAAGCGACUUCAUCUCCAUCACGAAAUGCGGGGUCUUGAGAAAUGUGUUGAGUGUCCUCUCUUCCGAAAUAUCGCGUUUCCUCAUGAAGUACACACGCAAGCGAGAAGCCGCGUACCGUGGUGGAAAUUUCAGGAAUUUACCUCCCUGUGCUGUAUACUGGAUUCAGAGCUCCAAGCAAACAUUCUUCGGAAAUUUGCUGGUUCACAUGUAUGGCAGAUUGGGGAGCCUGCAGGACGCGUGUCUGGCGUUCAGCAGGAUUGGGAAGAAGAACGUCUUCUCCUGGAACAUCAUGAUCGCUGCGCACGUCCUCAAUGACAAAUUGAUGGGCGCCAGGAGAUUGUUCGAGCUGAUGCCGCAGAAGAAUGUGGUUCCCGGGAGCACCAUGAUCGGGGCGUAUGCCCAACAUGGGAACCUCCAGGAGGCGCUGUGCGUCUUCAGGGAGAUGCCGCAGAGGGAUGUAGCAUCCUGGACCGCUGUUGUGAGCGCGUAUGCCCUCAAGGGGUAUCUUGAUUGCGCUCUGGACAUCUUCGAUAGAAUGCCUUCCCACUGCGUGGUGUUGCGGAACGCUAUGGUCACUCGGUAUGCCCAAAACGGCCAUAUGCAGCGUGCAGAGGAGCUCUUCAGAAGAGCGCCCGAGCGCAAUUCGGUGACUUGGUCUGUGAUGGUGCACGCGUAUGCCCGGCUGGGGCAUCUUGAAGACGCCACGAUCACCUUAGAGAGAAUGCCGCAGCAGUCCAUCGCCUCUUACACUUCGAUCAUCUCCGCAAGCGUAGAGAAAGGUUUCGUGGAGAGCGCUCGGAAAUUGUUCGAUGAGCUUCCCCAGUACGAUGUGGUGCUCUGUAGUGCACUGAUUAGUGCAUAUGCCCGGACAGGGCACGGCAAGGAGGGCCUCGAGCUGUUGAGGAAAAUGGACCAAGAAGGUGUCCAGCCCGAUAAGAUCAUAUUCGUGAGCCUGAUAGACGCGUGUGCGAAUCCAUCGAAUUCAUCUUCAGCAGCAGAAGCCAGAAUUUUGCACGAAAGCGUCAGAGAAGCGGGGUUUGAGCAAGACUUAACGGUUGGGCGGGAGUUGUGA